CUUUCUCCCUCCCUCCGCGAAACAAAAAAAAAAAAACCUGUCUUCCCCCUUUCGGCUCUCGUCUGCGCGCGGUUCAUUCGUUCCCGGUCCCGCGAUCAAGAUAACCUUUUUUCGAUCUCUCUUUCCAUUUUCAGUUUCAAUUCUCAUUCUAGAUCUCGCAAUUUCGAUCUAUAUUCUUGUUUAGGGUUAGGGUUUAGAUUCGAUUUAAUUUCUUGAGAUAAGCAUUUUCGAUCUCUCUUUCGAUUUCCAGUUCCAGUUCGCGUUCUAGAUCUCUCAAUUUCGAUCUCGUUCUUGUUUAGGGUUAUUAAGGUUAUAGUUUAGAUUCGAUUUAAUUUCUUGAUUCUGCCUGAUUUUGUAGCAAUGGCUGGGCCCGUGGUCUCCGGCGGUCUUCCGCCGCUGCUGCCUACCCCAAGGAGCUGCAUCGGCCUGACGCCUCCUCCGGCCUCGUAUGUAUCCAAGAAGCGUCCGGGCCGCGCAACCUUGAGUGAGAGUUGGGUCAAGGAUAAGCUUGCCGGCGGCGGCGUUUCAUCGGAUCGAAGCAAAGUCGGCGGCGGCGGCGAAUCGGCUGAUCGGAACCCUAGCAAAGUGCCCGUCCGAGCCUCCCUGGGGUCAAGCUGGGUGGAGGACAAGCUGCUCCGCCGCGCCGGCACGUCGGCCUCGGGCGUCGAGCGCGCGAGCCGCCCGACGUGGAGGGACGGCUGGAGCAAAAGAGCGGCGAGCCGUGCGCCGUCGGCCGACCGGUUCGAGAAGAAGGCGAAGGCGCCGACUGAUGAAGCUGACGAUGUCUUGGAGCUGGAGACGCAUCAGUACGCAGGGCCGACCUUCGCCAUAUCGCCGGACCCAUCCCUGCUGCCGAUCCCGUUCCUUUUCAUGAAGGCGCACUGAACAUUAUGAGUUCGUCAGCCCAAGUUAAUCGAAGUUAUCAGCCGAAACCUUCGAUUUAGCAGUUCAUCAGGCGAAAUCCAGUAGCAUUCAGUUUCAGUUAAGCUCUGGAUUUCGCUGCAUACAUAGGCAUAGAGUUGUCCAGUAUUUCACCUUGUAACUUUGGUGCUAUUAUAGUGGCAAUCUUUUCAUUUUAAACGAA